AUGACUCUACGACCAGCUUCAGGAUCUGCGGAAAUGAGCGAUGAGGAGAUGCCUCCCGAACAGGACGAAAUUAGCAAUGAUGAAGAAAUCAGGACCACACAAAGCUCGGAAGGUCCUGUCUCGAAGGUCGCCGUACGUCAGGGUUUGAAUAUACAUCCAGGAGUCUCCAAAUGUACUGAGCUAACUGGAGACACUAGUGUGAUAGAUGCCGUAGACGCAAAUGAAAGCAAGAUCGAAGAUAUAACCAAAAAGCUUGACGACUUGGCUCGCCUCGUGCAGCGGCUCGAAGUGCGGCCAGAUCAAAGUCUUUCCCAACGCAGUACCAUAAAUGCCAACCUACAUACGACCAGCAAAUCGUCACGACCACCCCAAACAUCCACUCCCGAUCAUGAGGGCAUCGACAUUUCCUUGCUCCUGAACGUGAUCCAGGUGGCCGACUUACUCGAGACAGCCCUAGAUCAUGAGGAUACUGGAGACCAGUCAUCCACUGUCGCCGACAUUCGACUAUCUCGUCAGACUUUGCAAGACGUUUUACGGUCUCAAAGUCGCCAUAGCAGCCUCCAUGAAGGACCACCAUUUGCAAAAACAUUGCCUCCUGGCAUGACUCUAAGAGAUCUCCCGCUUCCAACCAUAGAAAAUGUCAUGGCAUGUCUCAGAAUGGUUCAAGAUCACGGGACCACCACAGUCCCCUGGCUAGGAGAGACAAUGUCAUUUGGCGAUUUUACCCUCAUCAUCGUUCAGGUCUGUUCUCCUGGGCCCAUUACCGAUGUCAAACUCAUCAUUGCCCUCUCUGGACUGUAUUGGAUGUUUAACAUGUGCGGAACAUGGGCAUCUCCUGUUGCACUAGAAGAUUUCAAAGACCAAGCAAGAUUAUGCCAAAAUAGCCUAGAGACAGUGUUGUCGACAUUGAACUUUUGGUUACCCACAACAGUCGAUGCCGUUCUAGCCAUGAACUUAGCGUCUGUAUAUUGUCUUCAAAAAGGCAAGAUCUACGCUUGCUGGACGUUCAUCAACAAAGCCGCUAUGCUCGGCCAGGCUCUGGGCUUGCAUCAGGACAGUUCAUCGUCUGGACUUGCUUCUGAAGAACGGCAUCGGCGCUUUUGUCUCUUCUGGUCAACUUAUUGCAUUGAGCGACCCACCGCGCUUAGGCUCGGGCGUCCUUCGACGAUACGUGAUGAGCACAUUACCAUACCGAAGCCGGACCAGUACCCCACCCUUCAAGGCCUUACUUCGAGCAGACAAAGCUUGAUACAUGCUGUCGAGAUGUCAAGGCUCCACGGCAGCGCAUAUGAUGACCUUUUCAGUCCGAGCGCACUUGCGCUCCCUGCGACGCAUCGGACAACACGCGGUCAAGCCAUCGCUGCAGAAUGGCGUGCUCUAAUCGCUUCGAAAGAAUCUUCUAUGGCUCGAUGGAAUGAAGACUCGCGUGGCACAAUCGGAGAAUUGAUGCCAGUUGAAUUCGCACAGCACGCCACCAGAGCCACUGAUUAUCUGCUUCUUGUCGCCAUUUACCGCGUUGCAUUCAGCAAGCCAUCGACGAAGGUUUCUUCCGAAUGCAUAGCCGCUGCUCGUACAAGUCUUCGUGAGCAUACUCAGUGUAUCGCACUGCUCGUCAGCUACAACAACGAUCCUGCUCUGUUCGAGCUAUGGGUUAACGGGGGGCUAAUCCUCUUUGCGUUCGUGCCUUUCAACAUCAUCUUCUGCAGCGUCAUUGAGACUGCCAAUCUCGCAGACCUUGAAAGUUUGGAGACUUACGUUGAUGCUCUAGCGUCCCUCGCAAAGAAGCCAGAAUACACAUCAUGCGCAAAGCAACUAGAGAUAUUCAGGGCGCUGCAUAAGCUGGCUUUGCUCGUCAACAUGGCUCCGUCCGAUCUAGCUAACGGGAAUGUUUCGCUUACCAACUAUGUGUCCUAUCGAGAUACGCGUACUGGGCGGAGUCGCGUCGGACAUUACGACUUCAAUGACAAAACUAUCCGGCCGUUGGCCUUCGCAUCUGGAACUCUACUGAGCGAUCUCUAUCAAGUCAUUGAAGUUGGUGAGCUCAACAUUGUCGCCGUUGGCAAACCACUACCCGCUUCAUCGGUCAAGAUCCUUCCUCCCUUUCCAAGCCGAGACGUCCUUUGCGUCGGCAAGAACUACGCCGAACAUGCGAAGGAGUUCAACAGCUCCGGUUUUGAUAGCUCAGACAAAGUAGAUACUCCUUCGCAUCCUGUGAUCUUCACCAAACGUUACACGUCGAUCAUUGCAGACCGGGAGAAUGUCUACCCCCACCCAGAAUUCACGAAAACUGUCGACUAUGAGGGUGAGAUUGGUGUAGUCAUUGGUAGGGCCGGUUUUCGUAUCUCAGAAGCAGAUGCGAUGAGCCAUGUGUGGGGCUAUACUAUCGUGAACGAUAUCACAGCGCGUGAGCGGCAGAGAGACCACAAGCAGUUUUACAUCGGCAAGUCGCCCGAUACGUUCUGCCCAAUGGGUCCAGUCGCUGUACCUGCGUCGAAGUUGGAAAGAACAUUGCGGAUUCAAACGCACAUCAACGGCGAGCUGCGACAGGACGCAACGACGGAUGAUCUUAUCUUCUCAAUUCCGUUCUUGAUCAAGACCAUGUCGGAAGGACAAACACUGAUGCCAGGUGACGUCCUUGCGACCGGUACCCCCGCCGGUGUUGGGAUUGGAAGAAAUCCCCCUGUCUAUCUCAAACCUGGAGACACUAUGACUGUAUCAGUGACUGGUCUAGGUGCUUUGACGAAUUGCAUUGGGAAUUUAGGAGACAACAGUCCUAUCGCGAGUCGCGUGGCGGAUGUUACCCACAUACAGCGAAAAGAUCCAACCGGGAGCGUCGAUUCUGGACUACUGGCAAAGGUCAAUGACAAGCUCGUCUAUUACAAGAAUCUGGGAAGUCGCUCAGGCCCUCCGGUCGUUUUCGUGCAUGGACUAGGAGGGAGCUCAGAGUAUUACAGACCACUCAUCCAUUCACUGGAUAUCGCCAGGUCGCAUCAGCUAUGGGUAUAUGAUCUAGAGGGCCAUGGCCUAUCACCAACAUCGCCGCUCAGCAGACUCAGCAUCGAAUCCUUUGCCGCGGACCUGAAUGGCUUGUUCGAAGCAGAAGACAUCUCAUGUAACGCCACUAUUGUGGCGCACUCCAUAGGAUGCCUAGUCGCCCUAAAGUUCGCAUUAGCACAUCCGGAAAAGGUGGGAAGGUUGAUCCUGCUCGGUCAUCCAUUUGCAACGCUCGAAGCCACCACUAAUGAUGCGUAUGAGCUAGCCGAUAGUGUGCGUAAACUUGGAAUUGCAUGUGACAUCGACGAAAGGAUAAAUCUGACUACUUCAAAAAAGACCAGGACGUCGAAUCCGCUGGCGAUGGCAGCGAUAAGGAUGCUGCUGCUUGGUCAGGAUCCUGAAGGUUACGCAAAGGCUUUGACAGCGCUUGGUGAUGCACAUGAUCUUGACUUCUCUGCAGUACAGGCGACCACUCUCUUUGUUACUGGAACCGAGGACUACCUCUCUCCGCCACACCUGUGUGAGAAGUUCAAGGCAGAGAUGAAUGCAGAAGCGAGCCUGCGAGUCUUGGAGAAUGUGGGUCAUUGGCAUGUUUUUGAGGAUCUUGCAGGCGUGGCAGAGGUUAUCAGGGACUUUGUCCAAUAG